AUCUCAGGCGAUGGGGCGGAGGGGUGCGUUGCGGCUGUUGCUCUGCCUCGUGUCGGUCGGGGUGUUCGGGGUCGCCAGGCCGGCCGUCGUCACCAAUUGGGUGUGGCGAGGCGACAGGAAGCUCUAUCCAGGGGAAGGGAGUUACGUGGACGCAUACGGAUCCCUUCAAUCCUACAACCAAGCGAUCGACGGAGCCGGCUACUACAAGCCGACCCAGUCGACCCACACGACCUUCGUCACCUCGAGCAUCACCACCCAGCACAAGGGCUUCGGUCCGACCUACGGCGUCGCCCAGACCGGAUUCGUGCCGACCCCCGUCGUGCAGACCGGCUACAAACCGACCGGCUACAACCAAGUGUACAUGAGCCAGACGAUAGUGAACCCUCCUUAUGGGAUCCAAGCCUCCCACACCCCCACCUAUGGUGUCCAAGCCUCCCACACCCCUACCUACGGUGUCCAGGCCGCCCACACCCCCACCUACGCCACCCAGACGGUGUACAACCCGACCUACGCGUCUCACCCGGUAUAUACCGGCCAGACGUACAUCCCCCAGUCGAGCUACAGCCAAACGUACGUCCCCCAAACCAGCUACAGCCAAACGUACGUCCCCCAGACGAGCUACAACCCCACGUACGUCCCCCAAACGAGCUACAACCCCACGUACGUCCCCCAGGCGAGCUACACCCCCACCCACACCACCCAGACGGGAUACACCCCCACGUACGUCGUCCAGAUGGGAUACAACCCGACGUCCGUCCCCCAGACGAGCUACGCCCCGACCUACACCACGGCCCACUACCCCCCUUAUUCGACCCAGACGGUCCCGGUCCCCGUCCCUGCCCCCGCCGCAGCCCCCUCGUACGCCGCCCCAGUGGGCUACAACCCGACGCAACUCUACGGCCAGACCCAAUACGGCGGCACCCACCCGAGUCCCUCCCUCGCCGUCCACCACCACCUCCACCACCAUCAUCACAGCUACGAUCACGAGUCCGUCCCUUCCGUCCCUCCUCUCGGACCCCAUCCUCCUCUCGGCCCUCGUCCCCCUCCCCUCGGACCCCAUCCUCCUCCCCUCGGUCCUCUUCCUCCUCUCGGUCCUCACCUCCCUCCCCUCGGACUGAGAACCACCACCACCGAGGACGAGUCCAGCUCGGAAAAAUUCAGUCGAAAGGGAAGGUGA